AAGAGAACAUUAAAGGCCUCAUCUUCGACAUGUUUGGUGCAGGCACAGAUACAACAUUCGCGACCAUAGAAUGGGUCAUGACGGAGCUCAUGCGCCAUCCAAAUGCGAUGCGCAGAGUGCAAGAGGAGAUUCGAGAAGUCGUCGGAGCUGAAGCCAAAGAAGAGAUAAUUGGGGAGGAGAAAUUGGAAGAGAUGAAGUAUCUGAGGGCAGUGAUCAUGGAGGCUCUGAGGCUGCACCCUAUUGUACCAUUACUGAUUCCGCGAGAGGCGUCGGUGGAUACGCAACUGCAGGGGUAUCACAUUCCCAAGGGCACCAGGGUGUUGGUCAAUGCAUGGGCCUUAGGUAGGGAUCCCAAGCUGUGGGAUAAGGCUGACGAGUUUUGUCCAGAGAGGUUCUUGAACACUAGUGCUUUUGAUUUCAAGGGAAAAGACUUCCGGUACUUGCCGUUCGGCGUUGGCCGGAGAGGGUGCGCUGGCAUUGGAAUGGCUGAGGUCACCCUGGAGCUUGUCUUGGCCACCUUACUGCUUCAUUUCGACUGGGAGUUGCCCGAUGGGAUGAGAGCAGAGGAGCUGGAUGCGGAUGAAGGGCAUGGAAUUGUGAUUCACAGGAAAUCCAAACUUGUCCUUGUGGCAAAGCCCCGUCGACACUAGCUACAUCGACAUCUUACCAUGAAUAUAUAAGUACACCAAUAACUACUCAUGGUUGAGAAGUGACUUAGUACUGGGUGUAAAGAAAGAAAGGUAAUUGGGAAAUAAAUGGGUUUCAGUAAUAAACUAGUUGAUAAUCUAGUUCGUCCAUAAAUAGUACAAUUAUUAUAAUAUUCUAUCAAUUAAUUAUAGUUGAUAGAU